AUGCCGAGCUCCGGGGACGUUUUCAGCCAAAGACAGACCCGGAUCGAGUGAAUUGGCAAGGCCCAGAAGAAGAAGAGGAAGAAGAAGACGACAAUAUUAAUAAAUUGGAUUUUGUUUUCUUUCAACUUUUGGAUCAUUUCUGGUCGCUUUAGAAAGGAAAAGAUUUAUGGGGGAGUGGGUUGCAGAGGAAGUCGCCGGCAGCCCCCUCCCCUCUUUUUGCCAAGUUUAAAAUAGAUUUUUUUUAAAAAAAAAGUGUGGGGGGUAUAUAUAUCUCAAGAAGAAUGCGAAGUUUGGGAGCCGCCUGAAGCGCCCAAGGGACCGCCUGGAUCGUCACCAGCCCCCGUGCUCAAGUUGUUUCGGUGUGUGCGUGAAGAGGAGAGGAGUCGAUUGUCUGCAAUUUCUUUUUGGGAAGCGGCGGAGGGGGAGAGGUGCUUUUCGGAAAAGUUGGGGAAGCAAGGGGAAAUUCGGAUUUCCCCCCCCUCCCCUCUACGGCCACGGAAAGACUUUGGACCGGACCGGCGGCGGGAUGGCCGCAGAACUGAGCCCGGAAGAGGAGCUGGCUACCAAGCAAUUUCUUGAAGAGAUUAACAAGUGGACGGUCCAAUACAAUGUCUCGCCACUCUCUUGGAAUGUGGCAGUCAAGUUCCUCAUGGCCAGGAAAUUUGACGUCCUUCGAGCAAUCGAACUCUUCCACUCCUACAGGGAGACCAGGCUGAAAGAAGGGAUUGUGAAGCUGAAACCGCACGAGGAGCCCCUCCGCUCUGAGCUGCUUAGCGGGAAGUUCACUAUCCUGAGCGUACGAGACCCUUCCGGCGCCUCGAUCGCCCUCUUCACGGCCAAGUUACACCACCCCAACAAAAGCGUUCAGCAUGUGGUGCUCCAGGCUCUCUUCUAUUUGCUGGACAGGGCAGUGGAGAGCUUUGAAACGCAGCGGAAUGGCUUGGUCUUCAUAUACGACAUGGCAGGCUCCCACUAUACCAAUUUUGAGCUGGACCUCAGCAAGAAAAUUCUCAAUUUACUGAAGGGAGCCUUCCCAGCUCGUCUCAAAAAGGUCUUUAUUGUCGGCGCCCCGAUGUGGUUCCGAGUCCCUUAUUCCAUCAUCAGCUUGCUGCUGAAAGAAAAGCUCCGAGAACGGGUCCAGAUGGUGAAGAUGUCAGAACUGAAGCAACACCUCCCUCAAGAAUGUCUCCCUGAGUACCUGGGCGGGUCCCUCAAGCUAGACCCCCUCAGCUUGAACUGCAGGUUCCUUCCGCAGCAGAACGGUCACCCGGACCCUCUGGACGAGCUGAUCCUGGUGCCGCUGGCCGCCCCUCGCGACAACGGCUCCGUGCACGUGCCCGGGCCCAAGGCCCUGACCGUCCAGGAACUGCUGGAGCACGUGACCCAGAAGCAGAAACGGGGCAUCUACGAAGAAUAUGAAGGCAUCCGGCGCCGGAACCCGGCCGGCACGUUCGUCUGCUCCUUAGCUCCCUGCAACCAAGAGAAGAACAGAUACGGAGACGUGCCUUGCCUCGACCAAACCCGGGUGAAGUUGACCAAACAAUUCAGCUACCCAGAGCUGACGGAUUACAUCAACGCCAGCUUCAUGGACGGCUACAAACAGAGAAAUGCUUACAUCGGCACUCAAGGACCACUAGAAAACACCUACGGCGACUUCUGGCGCAUGGUGUGGGAACAGAAUGUGCUAGUCAUCGUCAUGACGACCAGGCUCGAAGAAGGAGGCCGAAGGAAAUGCGGCCAGUACUGGCCGUUGGACAAGGACUUCCAGACCUGCUACGGAAUCUUAACCGUCACUAACCUUGGGAUGGAGAACCUCAACCAUUACAAAAAAACGGUUCUGGAGAUCUACAACUGCGAGAGCCGCGAGCGCCGCCUUGUGACCCAUUUCCAGUACGUGAGCUGGCCAGACUACGGCGUCCCUUCCUCCGCUGCUACACUUAUUGACUUCCUGGGGGCCGUCAAGCAGCAACAGAGAGUGGCGGUCAGCGCGUUGGGACCACGGUACAAAGGUCAUCCGGGGGGACCGCCCAUCGUGGUCCAUUGCAGCGCCGGCAUUGGCAGGACAGGCACUUUUUGCGCUCUCGAUAUCUGUCUGUCGCAGCUCCAGGACGUGGGCACGUUGAAUGUCUAUCAGACAGUGAUGCGGAUGAGGUCCCAGCGGGCGUUUAGCAUCCAAACUCCCGAGCAGUACUAUUUUUGCUACAUGGCUAUCCUCGAGCACGCGCAGAGAGAAAACCUGCUGCCCGCCCCUCAGGCCAGGGUCGGCAAAGAGAAGAGCUAAUACGGAGGGGCGGAGAGCUCGCUGGAGAAGCAGAGACCAGUCCGCCGCCGACGUCCGUCCCUCCUUCCCGCCUCCCUGUCUGCCGAUCCGGAUUCAUCAGCGUCUUCGCCUUCACGCCGCCGCCAACCUUGACGGAAAGCCGAGUUCUCUGCCACGGCGGCUCUCCAGAACCUUCCCCGUUGACUCGCCGGCUAGAUCGAGUCGCAGCCGGUAGCCGCGUUCAUCGAGACGAGCAGCCUCAACUUGAACUGUGCCUUAUUAGACAAAAAAAACCAAAAAACCCUGGCUUGCUGUCGGAGGCCAGGGGGCAGAAAAAAAAUCGAUUCCUUGCCAUGGGGAAAGGGCAUCUUUUCGGGACCAUUGGAGACAGGGUGGAUUCAGUUCCCGCCCUGCCCCCUGAAUGCUGGAGGUAACACUUCCAGUUCUGUCCGAAGCCAGGACAGUGCAAAAACCCCAGCCUUCAGUCUUACCAACGCUAAGUUCGUGUGUCUGUCUGUCUGUCUGUCUAUAAUAUAUGCUCCUUAUGGCGGGGUGUAACUGGCAUUCAUGUUAUAUAGAUAGAUGUCGUUGCUUCUAGCUGACCCCGUGGUUCCGUAGCGUUAUACUGCCUCGACUUCUGGAACCGGCAGCGAGGUCUAGUGUUACAGUGGGUAUUAUUGGCUCUGCCUUUCCCUGUGUCUACCCGGUCCACCCUUCGAUGCAGCUUUCGAAUGUGCCCACCCCUGCUAGAACCAUGCACACGUUGAUGUACGGACCACCGUGUCUAUUGCACAAACACUUGGAACGAGGAUGCCACGUCACUGGUGUGUAGAUGGGGCGGGGGACGCCGCCCUGGUGGGCCGUCUCUGGAACUUGCACAAAUGACAUGUGCCAGUCUCGCAAGUCCACUUUUUUUUUUUAAAAAAAAACAAACUUGUUCCAACAAGAUGGGUUGUUAAGCCCCAGCAAAAAGAUUGGUAGGUAACUCCCCUGUGCCAUUUGGGACAUUACCCUGCUUGUUAACAAAAAAAAUUGCUCAUACUUUUGCCGUUAGCCGGAAGCGCUAUUUGGCUGGUACGAUGUCUGGCUGGGGGGUGGAAGACAAAGGUUUUGCCUCGAAUCGACGUGAUUUCAGGAGGUGAAGUGAGUCUCCCCCUUUUUUCUUAUGCCUUGAGCUGGGCUCUUCCAUUGUGGCUUCUCCCACAGCCUACCUAAGCCGGGUGAUACCAGUUGGGACAGAGCUGGGGCAUCCUUCAUGCCAAACGGCACGUCACAAAUAUCCCUACACACACACACACACA